GAGAAUAACGCGGCAAAUAUGCAAUUAAGGGAACUUCAGGGGCAGCGAGGAGAAUUUAGAAACUGUAAGUCUCCAAUCUGGGAUUUCAAUUUGCAGAUAUUGGUAACAAAGAAAAACGAAAAGGAGGACGAUCACAGGGAAAUAACGUCGGGGCCAAAAAUGUGUCGGAAUUUUUCGUUGUUUCCUUUUCUUCUUCUUCUCUUCAGCUCUUCUGCUUCACUUGACGCCCGAAUGCAGAAUACAGACGGAGUCGGUGGGAACGAAAAAAUUGAGGUAGGGUUUGGGCGCAGAGCUCUAUUGAGUUUCAAAGAGACUCCUCGGGGAAGUAACGUUACCUUUGAGUGCUCUCGUUCUGGUCCCUGUGUUGCCUGCCUCUACUCAGAAAAGAAUGAUGAAAAAUAUCGCUGCAGUGAGACUGGUUAUCGUAUUCCCCUGAAAUGUGUGGAAAUCAAAGAUACUUCGACCGUGUCCAAAGAGAAAAAAUCUCAUAAUGGUCGCUCAAUGCAUGAAAUGUCUUAUGAGCACAAGCUUGUGAUCCCUGUACCGAAUGAUGCAAGUGAUCAUGCUUCAUCAACCGUACACAGAAAUCUACGGGAUGCUUCUCUCUCAGUGACAGAUGGUUCUCAGGCUUACAUCACUUAUAGAAGCUGUAUUCCAUCAGAUAAUGAAGAAAAGUUGUCUGUACUUGGUUUUGAGGGCAUUGUGCUGUGCUUGCUGCUCGUUAGUGGUUUGGUUGUAUAUUUCAGAAGGAAGCGAACUGUUUCAACAGCUGGUUUUGCUGCUGGCAGGGUGCAGUCAAAUCCCAGGUUUUAGUCCAGAAGUCUUCUAUAGUUACAAUUGUUUGUGAGUUGAAUGUAUUACCCAAGAAUACUAAACAAUGAAUUUAUAGAUUAAUCAACAGCUAGGCAUUAGAUUGUUGCACAUACAUUGUCCCCGGUUCCUUUACUUCAAAACAAGAACAAUAUCAAGUAUCUUGCCAUUUUAGUUACCAAUUUAAUGGAUUGCGAUUCAUUCUUUU